UAACUUCAGUUUUCAUUAUAGCGGCGAAGGGCGUAGACGUUUGUAAAGAUGUUCUGGUUUUUAUUAUUUUUCGUGGGAUUCCUGUGUUUGUUACACCUGUUGUUGAACUACAAUGAAAGAGCACGGUUAAUUAGAAAACUGCCCGGACCAGAAGACUCUUUUAUUUUAGGAAAUGGUCCCGCUGUUAUGUUGUCGUCAGUGGAAGUUAUGAAACUGGCGAGAAAAUUAGCUCAAGAGAAUUCAGGAAUAUAUAGACUUUGGAUGUACCCUGUAGCCGCUGUAUCUAUUUAUAAUCCUGAAGAUAUUGAGACUAUCGUGUCAAGUAUGAAGUAUAAUGAAAAAAGUCAAGUCUACCGGUUUCUGAAACCCUGGCUUGGGGAUGGGCUUCUUCUUAGUAAAGGUCAAAAAUGGCAGCAAAGAAGGAAGAUUCUUACGCCCACAUUUCACUUCAACAUUCUGAAACAGUUUUGUGAAGUAAUCAGUGAAAAUACUCAAAGAUUUGUGGAAAACCUUAAAGAGGUUUCAGGUCGACCGAUAGACGUAGUACCAGUUAUAUCAGAAUUUACUCUCAACUCUAUUUGCGAGACCGCCAUGGGGACAAACUUAACCGAAUACGACAAAACUGCUGCAAGUGCUUACAAAGAAGCUAUACACAACUUAGGAUACAUAUUUUACCAAAGAUUUAUUAAAGUAUAUUACUUUUUUGACUUCAUAUUCAAUCUAUCGUCGUUGAGCAAAAAACAGGACGGUUAUCUCAAAACAGUACACAGUUUCACAAAGAAAGUGAUUGACGAAAGGAGCGCAUACAUUGAAAAACACGGAAUCAAAAUACCUGAUGAAAAUGACGAUGAUGAUACUUACGUGUACAAGAGUAAGAAGAAGACGGCCAUGUUGGACGUGCUAAUAUCUGCUAGAAAGGAAGGACAUAUCAGUGAUACUGGCGUGCAAGAAGAAGUAGACACAUUCAUGUUUGAGGGUCAUGAUACUACAGCGGGUGGAUUGACGUAUUGUUUUAUGCUGUUAGCAAACCACAAGGAGGCACAGGAUAAAAUUCUUGAAGAAUUGAAGGAAAUUUUGGGAGAUGAUAAACGUCCCAUUACGAUGGAAGAUUUGCCUAAGAUGAAAUACUUAGAGCGCUGCAUUAAAGAAUCGUUAAGGCUCUUCCCUCCGGUACAUUUCAUCAGCAGAAGUUUAAAUGAAACUGUCACACUAAGUAAUUACAAAAUCCCGGCGGGAACAUUCUGCCACAUCCAAAUUUACGACCUUCAUCGUCGCGCAGAUCUGUUCAAGAACCCAACAUCCUUCGACCCUGAUAGGUUCCUGCCAGAAAACAGCGUGGGGAGACAUCCUUAUGCUUACAUACCGUUCAGUGCUGGACCUAGAAAUUGUAUAGGUCAAAAGUUCGCGAUGAUGGAGAUGAAAAUAGCCGUAGCUGAGGUUUUGAGAGAGUUCGAGCUGCAGCCGGUCACGCGACCCUCAGAUAUACGCAUGAUCGCCGAUGCCGUCUUCAGGAACGACGGGCCUGUCGAAGUCACUUUCGUUAAAAGACAAUAAACAUAUUUUUAGAAUAA